AUGUUUGGAGAUGUGAAGUCAAUACUCAGUGGAGAGGCAAAGAAGGAAGAAAAGGAUGAUGGCAAAUCGACUUCGCUCACAACAAUUGCUAGAAAGACAUCUGCUCGUCGCUCUGAGUCCACCUUCAAACGUCCAGAGAAGAUGCACCGGGAAUUAUAUAAUCUUAUUGGAAAAUCGGAUGUCAAAGAAGCCGGUACUGUCGUCCCCACCGAAAUCAGAAAGGGCUUUGCUCAACUGAAUGCACAACUAGGUGGGCGUCCUGUUCGCAAGUACAAAUGGGUUCCUUUCACCAAUGAAGCUCGUAACGACUCUCUGCAGCUCUAUCACUGGCAGCGAGUUGAUAGACUUGAGAAUCCUGAACCGUAUCCAUUCUCCAAGUUUAAUAAGGUUAUCAGCAUUCCCGACUUCACGGAUGAGGAGUAUGAGAAGCAUUUCAAAGUGGAAAAAUGGACACUUGAAGAGACAAGACAUUUGUUCGAUGUUUGCCGACGUUUUGACAUACGAUGGCCAAUCGUGCAUGAUCGGUUCGAUCGAGAGAAGUAUGGAUUGAGAUCAAUGGAGGACUUGAAGGAACGUUUUUACGCCAUAGUCAACGAGAUAGCUGUUAUGAGGGUAAGAAAUUUGUAA